UUCAUCAGUACCAGAGUUUACCCAUCUCAUGAUCUGGAUGGUUUUCACUGCCGUAUCUGCAUUCAUGUGGACCAACUAGUGGCGUGGAAGACCAGAUGGACGUUUUGGUAGUCCUCAGCAGGGGCCAACAUGUGGUCAUAGGCCUCAGUUUUGGCAUCUGUACUCAGAUGCACGGGGUUUAUUUCUCAUGUCAACAAGUACACGUUAUGUGCUCACCGUCACAAUCCCAGUCAGGUUGUGAGAUAUUAGAUAUGAAAACACACGUGCCAUUAACAUGCGGUGCCAAAAAAAAAAAGUAAAAUAAAUAAAAGCAUUUCCGGCCCCCCUUAUGAAGCAAGCAAAAUUUAAAAGUGUUUCAAUGAGAUUACAACACUCAUAAGUAAAUGUCUGCUGUGUUUGGCGUGGGUAAUCAAAAACUAUAUUGAAACUUAGCUGGGGAAAUAUAAAUGACAAAUCUUAAGCCCUUUUAUAGUCGUUCAGUGAUGGAAAAAUACAUAGGUGUACAUAUUAAGAGGCUAAUAUUUCAAAACUUGUGGAAAGGUUUAUGAUAACUUCUGAGCCCAUCAGUUUAAUGACAAUAAAUUGAAUUGAAUUGAAUGAAUAUAAAUUAUCCAGUAUGUGCCGGUAUAAUAAAUACAGGUUUAGCUGUUUUGAGCUAGCCUGGGAACCAGACGAAUCUGCGAGCUGGUGCGCAGGCUAGUUUUGAGGUAAAUGACAAGUUGCGGCGACCUCUCUCCUCUGUCGCUCUCCCUGAGGUUUUCUCCCUGUUAAGGGUUUUUUUUGUCUUUAUGGAGUUGUUCCUUAUCCGAUGCGAGGGUCUGAGGACAGGUUCUUGUGUUUCAGGCCCCUUGAGGCCUAUUUGUAAUUUGUGAUGUUGGGCUAUACAAAUAAAAUUGACUUGACUUGACCUCCGGUAAACGAGUGUGUGCUUACGGAGAAACUCCCCUGAGGCAGCAGCUAUGUCGUCUAACAGGUAUGUUAUGUUAUACAUGUCACGCUGCGUGACGUCGGCUCGGGAGGGUGUGUGUACGGGGAAGUUGGUGGAAAAAGUUUGGACGUCUGCCGACUCUGGGAAAUUACAUGAAUCUGCUUUCAAACUUGAAGAAAAGCUUCGUUUGGUCCGACAUUGAUCAAAGCAUGCUACGCGUCUUAUCGUGGGGGCAGAGUGUGUCUUGAGUGGUGGACGGAGAGGAUUUAAUUGGUAUUUUUCUUCCCCGACGCACCGAACAAACCUCACUCAGCAAUGGCAAGCUUGGCAGGGGUGUAUUUUGCUGCCCUCUCCCUGUUCCACUUGGCUUGGGCGGGCGUUAUCAACAGGCACGACGAAGUGUUCCUUGGGGAGAAGGCGGCGGUCUCAUUCCUGUCACGCUCGCUGCUCUACAACAGCUGGGACUUUGAGCUUGUGGUGUCUGACAACCUGGAGCGAGAGUGUGUUGAGGAGCUCUGCACCUACGAGGAGGCCAGGGAAGUGUUUGAAGACACCAUGCAAACGGACUUAUUCUGGAGCAAAUACACAAGUCAAGACUCAGUGCCCGCAGUGGAUGUGUCCGGUCUGGUGGCUGGAAUCAUAGCCAUUCUGGUGUCUGCUGUUAUGGCCACCGUGCUGGGAAUCUACUGCUACAAAAGCAAGAGUAAGAGUGGCGGGAGGCCGGGCAAUGCACCAGUGAGGAUGGCUGCAGACGGUCGUCCAGCCCCAGAAACAGUACCCCUCUCUGGGAUAAUAGCCCCGGGACUACCCACAUACAGUGAAGCUCUGUACCGCAGUGGACAGCAUGAUGCUCCCCCACCACCUUAUUCUGGGGGGGCGCCAUCGGAGCCACCUGAUCCAGAGGAUAACGCAUGAAUGAGGAGAGCGGCUGAGCGUUUUAAUUGCGGUUAUUUGGUAGUGAUUGUUUUGAUGAAUUUUAAAUGUGUGUUUUUAGAGUAUUUAUAUUUUGAAUGUGGGUACGGUCCAACUACGCACAGUGCCAACAGUUUUGGCAAAGCUUUGUGUUUUAACUUGUUCCGUCAUUGCCUGUAGGCAACACAUGACGCUUUUUACUUUGGAUAUGUGGGGGGAGAAUGACACUCUGAAAGUGUUGGUUAGUACGUGACGCCAAUCUAUCGAUACUCAC